CUGCGCGACGCACAUGUCGAGGUUAAAGUGCAAGCUGCCAUUUUUUCGAAGGAAUCCUCAUUCCUGACUAGACAAGCAAAGACAAAUUGUGAGUCCAACCGCAGUUUUAUUUUGUCUGUUUGCGCACUGGAAACAUAUUGUGCAGGAGUAUCCCGGCAGCUGUGUUUCUCUGAGCCCGGGUUGAGGCGCAGGGUUAGCUCGGGGUUGCAGGUGGCUGCUGCUUAGCUCGGCUAGCUAACGUUAGCUGUAAACAAACACUGCAGGCAGAGAGGAAAAAGCAGCUGGUAAAAGAGCUCACAUUUGUCAGCUUUGUUCAGUAGAUGUGGUCGCUGAUUAAGCUAGAGAAAGAGCCAACGUAGCGUUAGAAACGUAGCGUUAGGGGGAGCGGGGUUUAACUGUGCAUGCUUUCAAGUUAGCGACACAACUCGGGAGUUUUGAUGACAGUGCGAGUUUCUCUGAACCAGGUCGGAGCUCAGUCGCUUUAGUGCGGGUCGGGGUCAGCGGGGGAAACACACUCUUCCACCGGCAUGUCGUCCUUCUCCGAGUCGGCCCUGGAGAAGAAGCUGACGGAGCUGAGCAGCUCGCAGCAGAGCGUCCAGACUCUCUCCCUGUGGAUCAUCCACCACCGCAAACACUCCGCACUCAUCGUCAAAGUGUGGCACAGAGAGCUGAAGAAAGCUAAAAGCUCCAGGAAGCUGACAUUCCUGUAUCUGGCCAACGAUGUUAUCCAGAACAGCAAGAAGAAAGGACCCGAGUUCACCAAAGACUUUGAGACCGUCCUUGUCGAUGCCUGCUCCCAUGUUGCCAGUGAAGCAGAUGAGGGCUGUAAAAAGCACAUGGAGAGACUGCUCAACAUCUGGAAGGAGAGAGCUCUCUACAGAGGAGACUUCAUUCAACAGCUCAAACUGGCCAUAGAGGACUCCAACAGCCCCAGGCCUUCAGAAGAGAAGAAAGCUGUGAAACGAAGCUAUCAGAAGAUCCAGGAAGAAGAAGAGGAUGAAGAUGACGACUACAGAAGCCAGGCCUCCCCUCACAGCACAGACAUAUCAGCAACUCAACUGACGGAGGAGCUGGUGAAGGCCCUGCAGGACUUAGAAAAUGCUGCAUCGGGCGACGCAGCAGUUCGUCAGAAGAUCGCCUCGUUGCCGCAGGAAGUCCAGGAUGUUUCUCUGUUGGAGAAAAUCGGUGACAAGGAAGCAGCGGACAAGCUGUCCAAAACGGUGGAUGAAGCGUGUUUGCUGCUGGCGGAGUACAACGGCCGACUGGCUGCUGAGCUGGAGGACCGGAGGCAGCUGGCUCGCAUGCUGACUGAAUACAUCAACAGCCAGAGGGAGGCACUCAUGGAGAGAGAGAAGAAACUAGAAGAGUAUAAACAGAAACUGGCGAGAGUGACCCAAGUGAGGAAAGAGCUAAAGUCCCACAUCCAGAGCCUCCCCGACCUCUCCCUCCUGCCCAACGUAACCGGGGGUCUGGCCCCGCUCCCCUCGGCAGGAGACCUCUUCUCCACCGACUGAUAGGUGAUAGGGAGAAAAACUACCCUCAGUGCCCCUCCCCACCCAAACCAAGCCCCACGUUUGAUUCACAGAACACUUCGAGAUACGUCUUCAGCCAGAGGACACGUGUGGUCAAACCUCUCCCAGCAGCCAGCUCACCUGCUGUCUCCGAACCUGCGGGACAAGAGGGAGAAAGAGACACGAGAAGCAAGUUUUGGUGAAAUCAGAACACUUUGCAGAGGAGAAACAGAGACUCUGUCAGCCUGGAUAUUUCAGGCACUUGCUCGAACGACGAGGAUUCCACUUCACCAGCUUGGAACAAGUUUGUUUCCUGUUUGUUUUUAUUUUUUAUUUUUUUAACGUUGGAAAUGUCAGUGAUCUAGGAGGAGGGGAGGGGUAAAGGCGCAAAACUUAGACAUAAAUGUUGGCUGUCAGAAUGUGUCAAUCAAAGUGUCUUUUUGUGUGGUAUAUUGUGGAUUAAGUGAGCAAAGGUGGGCUGUUUGCUCUCACAAUUCUCAGAGGUUGUGACUACACUGUGAACAGGAUGUACCAUUCAUUAGUUCCACUUUUUUUGGUUUUCAGUUGGUGGCUUUUUAUUGACCCAUAGUUGGUUUGGUUGUGUGUGAAAAAAAAUAGAGAAUAUAUCAGAUUGGGUUCAAUGUAUGUUGCUUUUUGGUAGCUUGAUGAAAAGACAGGGUCAACAACUCAUUUAAGUAACACUUCAUAGAGACAGUGAUUAAAUUAGGUUUCGUCCUCAUAGUCAGUAGACAGACUCUGGUUUCUGUGUCCCUGUUUGCAAGUGUUUUUCUCAUUUACAGAUUAAAACUUUGCAAUUCAAAGUCAAUUUUUUUCAUGCAUUUAUUUAGACAGAUGCUUGAAAGUAUGCUAAUUGUGUAUUGAGUAAGUAUUUACUAGACAAGUUUUGAGUUUUACAAAUAAAUCCUGGAAGUUUGAGGAAACUAUUCAAAACAGUGUUUGAUUUCUGUUAAACUACCUGGUCUUUAGUUGUAAGACAAAACAAAAAAUCCCCACACUAAAAAAUGCAAUUUCUUCUUUGAGGUAAAAACUAAACGAUGAGAAAAACUAAAAAGUAUGAAAGAAUGUAAAGUUUUAGAAAGUGUAGAGCUGGGCAAUAUGGAAAUUUGGAAAAAUCAAAAUAGUACAUAACAUGAGGACCCUUUUUAUAUAUUAAACAAGUUUUGGAAUUAAAAAUGAAAAAAACAGAUGUCACAUAAAAUGGACUGGAACCUUCUUUCCAGCUACAUUCUCAGGUAUUAUAGAAAAUUGUGUUUAAUGAAUCACAAUAUGAAAUCCCCAUAAUGAUCAUUUAUACAUAUUGCUCAGUCCUAUUUGUGUUUAGACAUUAAGUGAUGAAAUAUUUUACAAGCAGCAACAAAUUCUCCAUAUCCUCCAAUACCCCUGUGCCCCAUUUCUGUAGUCUCUUCCAGUAAAAUGAGGUCAACCACAUAAUAAAUAAAUAAAUUCUGAAUUGAUAUA